GUGCAGGAGGGUUGGUUUCGGAUGAUGAGCAGAGUAGAAACUGCCACCCUCCCAAGCUGGAGCCAGGCUGCCUUUUAGCACGGUGAAGGAACGGCUCCCGGUUUAAUGGAACAUUUACAGGGUCUUCCCCUGCUGCCUGGUGAACGGACCUUGCAGACGCGAUAUUCUUUGCGCUGCCCGGGGAGAGAUUGCCGCAGCUUAAAACCAGGCUGUGUACUGGGCCAGACGGGCCACGUCUGAGGGAGGGGACAUGAAACACCAUGUCUGUGCCCAGCACCAAGUCCUUCCACUGGCAGUCGCUGGCACCCCUGGCCAUCGGCCGUGUCUACUGCGCCCCGGUGGAGAGCGGGGGGCGACUCUACCUCAUCGGGGGCUGUGACGAGAGCGGGACCCCCAUGAACGUGUGCGAGGCCUACACCCCAGAGGCCAACCAGUGGACCACCCUGCCGCCCAUGCCCACUGCACGGGCGGGCGCUGCCGUGGCGGCCCUUGGCAAGCGGGUACUCGUGAUGGGGGGCAUGGGGGUCCACCAGAACCCCCUCUCCACCGUGGAGAUGUACAACGUCGAGGAAGGCAAAUGGGAGAAGAAGAAACCCUUGUUGGAAGCUGCCAUGGGCAUCUCGGCGAUCGUCAAAGACUGCCAGGUGUAUGCGGUGGGCGGCAUGGGGUCAGACACGUUUCCACGAGGUCACCUCCAGCAGUACGACGUCAGGAGUGAUGCCUGGCAUGCCCUCCAUGCCAUGCCAACACCUAGAUAUGCAGCCAGUGCCUUCUUCCACGCCGGCAAGAUCCACGUAUUCGGUGGGAGACAAGCAAAGAACCCCGUCACGGCCUUUGAAGUCUUUGACACGGAGACCAGGGUGUGGAGCAGGUUUCCCAGCGUUCCAUGCCGGAGGUCCUUCUCCAGCUACGUGAUGACGGAGACGAGCUUCCUCAGUCUGGGAGGUCUCCAGCAGGCACGGGGCUACAAGAAACCCAAGUUUGUGAAGAACGUGGAGGUGUUUGACAUUGAGCAGGGCGGCUGGACAAAGACCACCCACUUGAACAUGAAGACCCCUUUGUGGCCGCAUUUCUCCAGGGUUGUUGUGGCGGGGGGUUCAGGGGACCAGCCAUCCGUGCUGAACUCGGCCGAGGCCCUGCACCCGGUGAAGAAUCGGUGGGAGCGGCUGCCCCCCAUGCCGACCGCCCGCUGCACCUGCGCCGCCGCCGUCUUCAGGAACAGUCUGGUGGUGAUGGGCGGAGUGGCGCAAGCACCCAGCAACGCCGUGGAAGCUCUCUGCCUCGCCGACUCGUAGCCCUCGUUGGUGAACGCAGAGCGGGCUGGGUGAGGGGGGAUCCAUCCCGCAACGUCUGUGUGGGAAGCAACCGCGGAUGCUGGUUUACACCAAACAUUGACAUAAAACGCUGGAGUAACUCAGCGGGACAGGCAGCAUCUCUGGAGAGAAGGAAUGGGUGACGUUUCGGGCCGAGACCCUUCUUCAGAACAGUCCGGGGGAAGAGAAACGAGGGAUAUAGACGAUGAUGUGGAGAGAUAAAGAACAAAGGAAUGAAAGAUAUUCAAACAAGUAACGAUGAUGAAGGAAACAGGCCAUGUUAGCAGUUUGUUGGGUGAAAACGAGAAGCUGGUGAAUUUGAGUGCAGGAUAGAAAUCAGUGGUGAAGUUAAUGAAGCCCAUGAGUUCUACACAUGAGACGGGCACAUGGAUGUUCGGGGGUGGUGGUGGCUUUUAAGAAGCUUUUAGAUGGGCACAUUAAAGUUCAGGGAAAUGGAAGGAUAUGGUUCACGUGGAGGCAGAUGAGAAUAAUUUGUCUUGGCAUCAUGUUUGGCACAGACAUUGUGGGCCGAAGGACUCUACUACGUUCCACGUUCUGGUUUCCGAAGAAAGAUCUCGGCCCGAGACGUCACCCAUUCCUUCUCUCCAGGGAUGCUGCCUGUCCCGCUGAGUUACUCCAGCUUUCUGUGUCUACAUUCGGUUUAAACCAGCAUCUGCAGUUCCUUCCCACACAUUUGACGUUGAAUGCGAGCCUCAUGCCUUUGGUAUCUCAACGUUGAACAAUAAAGUAGAUCAGAGAUACAGAGCGGAAACAGGCCCUUCGGCCCACUGAGUUUGCACCGACCAGCGAUCCCCGCACACUAACAUUAUCCUUCACACACUAGGGACACAGAAUAUUUACCGAAGCCAUUUAACCUACAAACCUGUACGGCUUUGGAGUGUGGGAGGAAACCGGAAUUCGCGGAGAAAACCCACAUGGUCAGAAUGUACAAACUCCGUACAGACCACACCCAUAGUCAGGAUCGAACCUGGGUCUCUGGUGCUGGAAGGCAGCAACUCUACCGCUGCGCCACCGUGCCGCCCCAAGUAGCUCUCUUGGGUUGCAGCUCAUGGAGAUUCCAGUUGAUUGUGGAUGAAGAUCUCAAUUCACAUCUUCUGGUUGUACUCCAGAUACUCCAUCCAAUGGCCGUGGAUAAUCGAGCUUGGAAUGCAAGAAACUGAAGCCGUUACCAUGAUGGUGAAUUGAACGAGUUAGCAAGAGAUACUGAUGAAGACUGUUUCCUAAUGGAAGACUCCAGACUGUCGCCCAAUACCACGAUAGCAUUGGUGUGAUCACUCUUAAAUACAUUGGGAUAAGUGCACUGCCCCUUAUAGUCAAGAGUGCUUUACACAGACAUAGAUACAUAGACAUUAGGUGCAGGAGUAGGCCAUUCGGCCCCUCGAGCCAGCACCGCCAUUCAAUGUGAUUGUGGCUGAUCAUCCUCAAUCAGUACACCGUUCCUACCUUCUCCCCAUAUCCCUUGUUUACGCUUGGUUGCCAUUAGUCCCAGCUAGAACAAUGGAAUUCUUACUUGCAACAGCACAACAGAGUACGUAAAGAUGGGACUAUAAACAAUAUAAUAAAUGAGAAACUAAAGUUCAGUGUGUGUGUGUGUGUAUUUAUAUAUAUAUAUACACACACACACACACACACAUACAUAUACACAUACACACACACACAC